UUGGUGCCAGGGAUGCUUGGGAGAGAUGCAGAACAGAGCUGAGCAGGAGCAGAGAGUGAGAAAGAAAAAUAGUGAGAGAAAUAAAAAGCUAGAUACAGAGAAAUUAGAGUUCACGGGGACAUUUUAAGAUAUGUGUGAAUUAUUUCAUAACUUCAUCAUGGGGCUACGUGACUUCAUAAAGGAUUAUUUUCUUGGUUUCUGGGACUAUGAGACACCAAAGGUGAUGGUGGUUAAAAACAGAACUCUUGGAGUCAUAUAUAGAGGCGUUCAGUUUCUUGUGAUCACCUAUUUCAUCUGGUACGUCUUCAUAAGUCAGAAAGCCUACCAAGAAAGUGAAACUCGUCCAGAGAGCUCAGUUUACACACUCAUGAAAGGCACAGCAGUUCAUGGAGACGAUAUCUUGGACACGGUGGAGUACGCUCGACCCUCAGAGGGCGGCGAUGUGGUUAGUACAAUACUGAGACGAGAAGUUACGUAUGAUCAGAUGCAAGGACUCUGCGCUGAGUAUUUUAAUAUUGCCAAUGCCAACUGUACAGCAGACUCUGACUGUGUCGAGGGAGAGGUUGACUUUGAUGGCCAUGGCAGAAGGACCGGCAAAUGUGUUCAGUACUACAACCACACCUUCAAGACCUGUGAGAUCCAAACCUGGUGUCCUAUUGAGGAAUACGCCGCCUUACGAGAACCUGCAUUAGUGGAGGCCAUCAAUUUCACAGUGUUCAUCAGGAACUCUAUCCAUUUCCCCAAAUUUAAAGUACUGAGAGGAAACAUCAAAGAUGCUUCAAACAAGCGUGACAUGCAGAAAUACCUCAAUAAGUGUCAUUAUGAUGAGGAGAAAGAGCCCUACUGUCCUAACUUCCGCCUGGGCUACAUCGCAGAUCAAGCGAGGGAGAAUUUCAGUGAGCUCUGCAGGACUGGAGGAGUGAUUGGGGUUUUCAUCAACUGGAAGUGUAACCUUGAUAUUGAUCCUUCAAACUGUAAACCUACAUAUUCCUUCCGUCGUCUUGAUCUCCGCAAGGAUCAGGCCAACUCUGGUUACUAUUACAGGUUUGCCAAAUAUUACAGUAAGCAUGGGGUAGAGUCUCGGACACUUAUCAAGGCCUACGGCAUCCGUCUGGAUGUCAUAGUUCACGGACAUGCUGGUAAAUUCAGUCCCAUCCCAACCAUCAUCAGCGUGGUGACUGCUAUGACUUCAGUUGGGAUUUGCACCAUUAUCUGUGACUGGAUCAUGCUGACGUUUAUUGACAAGAAUGAAAUCUACAGCGAGAGGAAGUUUGAUGAAGUUAUCAAGGAGCCCAAGGUGCCCAUAUCCACAGAGCUCAGCUACAUCAACAGCUACGGCUCAAACCAUUCAGACCUGUCAGAAGGUGUACCGCUGUAAUGUCACCACAGUUGCCUCAGUCCUCGCUGGCCCAGAGUGUGGACUCUCCUCCGUCAGCUGACUGUGGCAACAACAGCACCUCUGAGUGCUUUCUCAGGUGCCUGCAACAGCUCGGUUACGGACUGCCAGCGGUCGCUAUGCUGUUUUUUAAGUGGGAAUAUAAACUGACAGAGAAUCACCGUGACAGAGAGCAUCUUAUGAGAGACAGCCGGUCUUCUCAAAGGCUCUGCCUGUGCAGCAGAUUCAGUUCCUAUAUCGUCUCAAAACCUUGAUGGACCACAACUGUACAAUGCAAUUAAUUGUUUCUCUUUCGACAUGACUUCAGCAGACAGUAACACCACUUAAAAAAAAUUGUUUAUUUUCUCAGUAUGAACAGAAACUAAACCAUUUCAUAGCAGAAACCUAUUUGAGUACACAGUAAUGAGAAACAUUACUAUGCCCAUUUCUGUCAAUGUAUUGCAAUAAUGUCGUCUAUCAACUCACGUUUCAUAUUACCAUGAAAUCCUUAUUUCACAGUAUAUCAUAAAGCACUGACCUUUGCUCUUAUAAAUCUGCAUUAUUACAAACUGCACACCAUGUUUGAAGAAUCAAAAUAUUCUGAUUCAUUUCCUUCAUCUUUCAACCUGACGUGCUCAGCAUAACUAGGGGAUAUAGGAGGAAACUGCCAGGACACGCACGAGGAGAGCAAUGAGCAGUAAUCAAAUAACACCGACAUUUCCCAUAAAAUGGUUUCUCUAACAAGAUUGUAGGGAAGUGUGAAUCCAUCUGGAGGCUUGAGAGCAAUACAAAUGUCAGUGGUAAAAAAAGACUUAAGACUCAAGUCUAAUGGAUCGAUAUCUGCCAUGAUGUAUGGAGAAGCACAAUGGACAGUGACAUAUCAGUGUGGAGAUGGUGUUUAUGACAUUUAAAGAGCUGAAAAUUCAUAUAAUGUUAUAUCUUAAAUUGUAGCGCUUAUGUUAAUCAAUUUUAAUACUAAGUUCAAGCUGUGUUGUUAGAUCUAAGAUGUAUUGAGAGACUUACAAAAAGAAACUUAGUCACAGGCCCUGUAAAUGCUCUCAUUCAUUCAGUCGUACAUGUACAAUGUGUGUCAGCGAGAAACUCUUAAGGAGCCAAUCUAAUUGUGCCUCAGAUCGGAGUCUGAAAUGUGAUUACUUGUCUGGGAGACACCCAUCAGCAGGCAAAGUGAGUCAUCUGUGGGCCAAUGAGGUUAAAGUGGUGGAGGUGCAUGAGUUAAGAUCACUGUGAUCCAGACUCGCUCACAGCAAUCACUAACCACCAAACCAUUUUCACAUUCAAAAACAGUAAAGAAUUUAUUUACAA